CCGUGGGGACGCGAGUCCUGGGCGCCUAGAUGCCCAGACAGAGGCGACCGCGGGCUCGGCUUGGCCUCGACCUCUCGGCACCCUUGGACCUGUGCACCCUGGCCGUCUGCCCUUGGUCCCCAGCCGGCCAUGCCCUCACCCGCGCCUCCCACCGAGCUGCUGCCGUGGGAGCGCGCCGUGGUGCUGCUGUCAUGCGUGCUGUCAGCGCUGGGCUCGGGCCUCCUGGUGGCCACGCACGCCCUGUGGCCUGACCUGCGUAGCCGGGCGCGGCGCCUGUUACUCUUCCUGUCGCUAACGGACCUGCUCUCGGCUGCCUCGUACUUCUACGGGGUGCUGCAGGACUUUGCGGGCUCUUCGUGGGACUGCGUGCUUCAGGGCGCGCUCUCUACUUUCGCCAACACCAGCUCCUUCUUCUGGACGGUGGCCAUCGCCCUCUACCUGUACCUCAGCAUCGUCCGAGCUGCGCGCGGGCCCAGCACGGACCACCUACUCUGGGCCUUUCACCUCAUCAGCUGGGGUGUCCCUCUGGCCAUCACAGUGGCUGCUGUCUCGCUAAAGAAGAUAGGCUAUGAUGCUUCGGAUGUGUCCGUGGGCUGGUGCUGGAUCGACCUGGAGGCUGCGGACCGUGUCCUGUGGAUGCUGCUGACUGGGAAGCUGUGGGAGAUGCUGGCGUAUGUCUUACUGCCUCUGCUUUACCUUCUGGUCAGGAAACACAUCAACAGAGCGCACCAGGCGCUCUCGGAGUACCGGCCCAUCUGGGAGGGGCGCCAGCUGCAGCGGGGCUCCUCCGCCAUGGCGGAUAAGAAACUGAUCCUGAUUCCCCUCAUAUUCAUCUGCCUCCGGGUCUGGAGCACCGUGCGCUUCGUCCUGACCCUCUGUGGCUCCCCAACUGUGCAGUCUCCGGUGCUGGUUGUUCUGCAUGGCAUCGGGAACACCUUCCAGGGAGGGGCCAACUGCAUCAUGUUCGUCCUCUGCACCCGCGCAGUCCGCACAAGGCUCUUCUCCCUCUUCUGCUGCCGCUGCUAUCCUCAGCCCUCGACCCAGAACCCCCCUGGAGCUCCUGCUCCCCCCAGGAUGAGAGAAUCUCAGGAAUCCGGACUGAUCCCAGAAGUUCCCAGCACUUGAGUGGUUGACUUUCCUCAUUGCCCGGUGCCUUCCUGGUUCCCACGCUGUCGGAGACAGGGUCAUGCGCACUGGAAGCCUCAACUGGUGAAGCUCGGACCCCCGUGAAGGAACGGCCAUCAGUGCAGCCUCUUCUACCUCCUCUUCUCAGGCAGGCCGUGGACACCCGCGUCCUGGUUCCGUGUCCUGGUUCAGUGGGGUUUAUUUGUGGUAGUCCAAAGAUGUGGGAUUCGGGAUGCCAGCAAUACAGGAUUCUGUCAGGGCACUGGUUCUCUGUCCUGCGGCCACCAGCACUGUUUACUGUCUGAGGGACUCAGAUCUAUGGACCUCUCCCAGAGGUGACUGAAUAAUGUCAUGGAUUACAGAGAUGUCUACCCAGACAUCACAGAGUGGGGUCCAGGUUUGCCAGGGGACUGAGAUUCCCUGGAGAGCCUGGAGUAGUUAGAGCUGAACAGCAGAAGUUAAACCAGGUCCUCAGUCCACUGAGGUCACAGGAGACUCCUUCAUGGCUCCAAACCACCCAGGCACACACUCAUGGGCAUCUCCCGGGUUCUCUGCUAGGGUCAUCGGCCCUCAAUAUUUAUUGCAUUGAAUUUCAGCACAGGCCAGAGUCCAGAGUCCUGCCCGUUAGUCAAUCACGUAACAUCCAGGUCCCUUCCAGUACCAGGACAGGAGGGCAGCUCAGCUCCAGUCCCUAAGGAUGACACUAUUUCACUCACCCCUGUUCUCAGUGAUUCAUGUAGGGGUGAGUUGGGAGGGUGUCUGGCUUCGUUUAGUUGUAUUUUGUUUGUUUUGUUUUGUUUUUUGUAGGAAAGGUGAUCGGAGAGUUGGCAAAUGGUCCAAAUACUGAUUCCUCCUGAAGGGAAGUGUUUUGAGAUUCAGCCUUGGGCUGGGAUGUAGCUCUGUGGUAGUUGCCAGGUUGGUCCCUGCACCAAAAAUAUUUUAAAAGCCUUUUUUUUUGGUAGUUGUUUGUGGCAUAUGGAAAGAGGAUUCUGAGAUGAUUACAUUUAUUUUAUUGUUUGAGACAGGAUCUCAUUAUGUAGCCCUGGCUGGCCUGGAACUUGCUAUGUAGACCAGGCUGGCUCUAACUCACAGAGAUCCACUUGCCUCUGCCUCCCAAUAAUUACAUCUUUAAAAAAUGUUUUGUUUUGUGCUCUCUGUACUAGGGCCUUGUAUCCAUUAGGCAAGUGGUCUGCCUCUGGGUUCUACCCAAGCCUUCCUUUUAUUUUUUGUUUUGAGACAGAGUUGCCUAGACUGGCCUUGAGCCCCUGUCAGCCAGGCUGGUCUUGAACUUGCGAUUUUCCUACCUCAACCUCCCAGGAAGCUAGGACUACAGCCUCAGGCCACCAUGCCCGACCAGAGAAGAGCAUAAGUGAGCUGUGUGUCCGUUUCUACUCAGUGGCUCUUCCAACAACACUUCCUCGCUUCCGAGAGCACUCAGAAUGGGAAGUGUGAUCGCCACCUUGCGGCGGGUCGAGGAAAUGUUCUAUAUCUGUAGGUAGUGCCCUGGGAUUCUGUCAGUACCCCACGAAGCUGAUGGGAUCACAGAGCAUAGCAAAGUGGCUCAGGGUGAGAGCAAAGCCACACUGGGCCAUCGAUUCCCAUUUUGCUCUCAAAACGACAUCUCUCUCAGGAAAAGAAUAGUCACUCAGAGGACUGUGGCCAUACGCUCCUUUUCGGAUUUCCCUGGAAAGCAUUUCUUAAGGAAAAUCUGCAAGAGGUGGGCUCCCUCUUGGGAGUCAAAGACAGCUCCUGGGCAGGGGGCUGUCUGUUUACAGAACCUGCUGAGGUCCUGUGAGGAUAGUACAGCCAAUUUGUGCACUGUCAGUGUGCUGCCAAGCAUGAUCCCCUGGCUUCUAAAAUGGAACCGAAAUUCGAGGAAUUUGUUUCCUGCAGAGGAGAAAAUGAUCUACAAAGUACCACAGAGGAAAUGAUGUUGGAAUAAACCCAGCUGGGCAGGGCAUUGUGGAGCCCUGGCUGUCUGAGGCCUUGUUCAGAAAAAGCCUGCAGAGGGAGUCAGGGGCCUUAGAAAGCCCUAGCUGGAGCCCGGGGCUCACUCAAGCUCUCUUUGAUGACUGAUGCCAGGAUGGCUGUCUGUAAAACCCUCCACCAAGUCGACACUGGCUCCUUCCAUCU